UUUCGUAGCAACUUCAGCUGAAACAAAAUGGCGGCCAACAACGACGAAAACAGAUAUUUGGCCGCAAAAUGGUUUUUGAACACAGGUUAAAACUCACUGACUGUUGCCUUGUUUUAUAACGAGUAGCGAAAAAGCUAUUCAGAUCAUAAUUUAAGGCAGUGGAGUUUUAUAGAUAGAUAACUGUGAAAAUGGCACAAGAUUUCAACGGUACUCUCGCAAAUGGUCAUCCAAGGAAACCACCAAACACUGCGAAUGGCUCGCCGUUUAGCCUGCCUGGAGUUGACGAAAAUAAACUACGAGCAAGAAUAUACUGUAAGCCUCAACUUGCACCUCAUCCCAAAGCCUUAAGAUUUACUGGGCCCACUCCAGUUCAAGAGAAAAAGGGUAUCCCAACGGCCCCUAGACUUGAACCCUUGCCAAACUUGGCAAGAUAUCAAGAGAAGCAAAGAAGUCUUCCCGGUACAGUGGCACUGAAGACAAAAUCCCCUACACCUCCCUUGUCAGGAGAACCAGACAAGAAGAAACGCAAAGACUCUGUGGAGCCCCUAGAGCGCAAAGCCUCUCCCCUCCCCAACCUCCCUGAGGACCUCAAAGAGAAACAAAACAAAAUAGAUGCUCAAGCCAAGGGUAGGAACUCCCCUCCCCAACCCCCUCAAGGCGGCUCACCUCAACAGCGAGCUUUAAACAAUGCAAGGCAACAAAGAGCUAGCGUUGAGUCACAGAAGUCAGACCUGGCACCUGAAGGGAUUCGGGAUCCUAUACAGAUGCUGGCAUUAAUACGACAGAACCCGCGGCUGGGUUUUUUGUACUUAACACCUGCUGUCGAUCGGUCCUCCAUCGAGUACAGUCCCUACAAUUUGAAAAUUGUCAGGCAUUCUGACAUCAACCACUCAGACUACUCCACAAUCAGCACAGAAGGUGUCACCCACGUGCGAGAUAAUGAAGCAGAGUUUACUUCCCUUGAGAGAUGGGAGAAGGAGUAUGUCGACUACAAACGGCUCGUCAAGAUUCCAACAUUUGCAAACUUUAGGAUGUGGAAGGCAUUUGUUGUCUGGAGGAAGAAUGUCCGCACAAAGAAAAUUCUUCAGUGUCGAAAUUCUUUGCAAGAAAAUCUGUUUAUUGUUAAUGCAUCUCUUCGCCCAGCUCUGCUGAAUGUGAGGGAGAUGUGCUAUCGUAUCAGCGACAUGGGCUUGUGCCGAGUAGAGAAGGGACACACCUACACCCUUGAUGAAUUCAGGAAUGCCCAAUUCCAACAGCUGGAAGAGGUUGCAGGCAGGCUGGCAGAGUUUAGGGACCUUGUGAAAGAGGUGGUUCGCAGUGCCUGUCGUACUGCACUGCUAGAAGCUGGUUUUACACCAGAUGACUACUUCCUUGAUAUGGAAAGCCCAACUGGCAUGUAUGAUGAGUAUGGUCCUUCUGGUAUGGGCCAUUCAUCCUCAUCCUACAUGAUGCCUAGUGGUUAUGGCGAGAUGGACAUGUAUGGAGAUGCCCCUGACAAGAUGACAUACACAGAACAGGCAAAUAAGAGGACACACUGCAGGCGUCUUACAAGUUUUAUUCGCCUUGCCGACUACCUCAUUGUGAAUACCAUGCACGUCCUUGCCGUCAACUCAGUGGCAACUCUCCUGAACUACUUAGAAGAACAGCUGCAGAAUGCCCCACCCUUAGCAACUCUCCUGGGUACCAAGAAAGAGGGUGCAGCCAAAGCAGAUGAGGAGGACAAGGAAGAAGGGGAGGAAGAAAAGAAGGAGGAACAUGUUGAGCUUGAUCCUUUGUUCACUACUGAGCUGCUCAUGGAACCGCAAGCUCUGCUUUUCUACCCGGGCCUGGAGGACUUUGAUGAAGGUCUUGGUGAGGUCACCAAGAGGUUCCAGGACGCCGUGCUGAGUGUCUCCAAUCUGGUUCCUGACCCUUACUUUGAUGCAUUCACAAGGCCCAUCAUCAAUGGCAAAGUGGAAGAGAAGACUGCAGGGGAGGGACCCAGCUUGGCUACGAUGUUUGAAGAUGACCGACACCUCCAAGGCGUGAUUCAGAGCAUCAGGGAUGCCAUCUCGAAUGCGUUUGACAUGGCAUGGAAGUAUGCCAAUACAUUUGAGCCAUACCGCAAGUUCUACCAGGAGAAUGAGAGUCUGGACCUUGAAGCCAUUAGGGAGGGAGAACAUGAUGUGGAGUUCUUUGCGACCUCACUCGAAAAGUACAACAGUGAGCACGAGCAAGCAGUUGGGAUCAUGGCCAAGAAGCCCAUCGGCAUGAUACUGGCUGACCUCAGGAAGCUCAAGGAAGUCCUCAUUCCUUCUCCCCUCAAAUGCUUGGAGGUCAUUAAUGACAUUCUCCCCAAGCUGGCAAAGAAGCGUACAGACGACCUGAUGAAGUUCUGCCAAGACGCUCAGUUUGAGCUGGAAGUUGUUCCAAGCUCAACCAAUGAUUAUGUCAAAAGUCUGACAUUCUUAGACGAGAUACAAGAAAAGAUCGAUGACAUUGAAGCUGAAAGUAUGACCAUUAAGGAGCUCUAUGACUUGAUUGACAACUACAAGGUGCCAACCCCACCUGAGGAUCUUGCUGUUUAUCAGACUUUAAGGCCGACAGUGACAGCAGUGCGCAACGUGAUUGACAAGUCUCUCGCAGAACGAGACUCGAACAUUGAUAAAUUCUGCACAUGCAUGGACAAAGAUAUUGUUCAACUUGGGAAAGAUGUCAAGGAAGUCAAGCAAAAAGCUCAGGACCCCAAGAUUCUCGAUUCGAGCUCCAAAUCCGAAAGCAUUAUUGCGUACCUGAAGGAGUUACAAGGGAAGAUGGACUGGCUGCAUGACACUGCUUUCACCUACAAGUCAUACCAGAAAAACUUUAAGGUAGAGGUGACCAAGUUUGAGGAGCUGGAGGAGGUGCACGCGGAGCUCCGGCUCAAGCAGUCGCUCUGGAACUCCCUGGUCGAAUGGGACCAGUCUCAGCAGGAUUGGACAGAGACACCCUUUGAGGAGCUGAACCCCGAGACUCUGAGUAACAACGUUAUGAAGUACGCAAAGACUGUGAUGCAGCUGGAGAAGGGACUGCCACCUAACUCGGUCGUGCCCAUCCUGAAGGAGAAGGUCGAGAACAUGAGACACAAGCUGCCAGUUAUUACCAACCUUCGAAAUCCCGCCCUCAAGCAGAGGCACUGGGACCAGAUCCAGCAAAUAUUCAACUAUCACUUCAAGGAUGAGGAACCGCUCACCCUCGGACUCUUGGACAAGAUUGAGGCUUUCGAGCACACCGAAUCCAUCGAGGAGGUGUCAGGACAAGCGUCUAGCGAGGCAUCCCUCGAGGGUAUCCUCAAGAAGGUCGAGGAUGCUUGGAAGUCCACAGAGUUUAUAGUGCUUCCCCACCGUGACUCUAAAGACGUGUUUAUCUUGGGUGGCGUUGAUGAUAUCCAGGCCGUCCUGGACGACAGCAUGAUUAAUGUCUCCACGAUUGCGGGCUCGCGUCACGUGGGACCCAUCAGACCACGAGUGGAAGAAUGGCAGCGACAGCUGUAUCUGUUCAGCGAGACCAUGGACGAGUGGAUGACUUGUCAGCGAAACUGGUUGUAUCUAGAAAGCAUCUUCAGUGCACCAGACAUCCAAAGGCAACUCCCUGCGGAGGCGAAGAUGUUCAUGACCGUGGACAAGUCAUGGAAGGAAAUCAUGCGGAAGGUGAACAGGCUCCCGAACGCACUGAGAGCAGCUACACAGCCAGGUCUGCUCGAGACAUUCCAGAACAACAAUGCCCUGCUUGACCAGAUACAGAAGUGCCUGGAAGCCUACCUGGAAUCCAAAUGUGUCAUCUUCCCAAGGUUCUACUUCUUGUCUAAUGACGAGCUACUGGAGAUCUUGUCUCAGACUCGUAACCCACACGCCGUCCAGCCACAUCUGCAGAAAUGUUUCGAUGCGAUCGCCAAGUUGGAAUUCGGUUCCACAGUCCAAGCUCCAUCAACACCUCAAGACCAACCAGUCACUCCUACAGGCGAAAGACCAAUGUCUGCCAGUAAGGCGCAACAGACCAAUGACAUUCUAGGGAUGAUCUCCCCAGAGGGGGAGAAGGUCAGCCUGGGCAAGGGUCUUAAGGCUCGUGGCAACGUUGAAGACUGGCUCGGCAAGGUAGAAGAGAGCAUGGUCAGCUCCCUCAGGCGUCUAGCAAAGGCGUCCAUUGCAGACUACGAGUCCAGGCCUCGAGAAGAGUGGGUCACCCUACACCCUAGUCAGAUCGUCAUCAUGAUAUCCCAGACGAUGUGGUGUCGGAACAUCACCGAGUCGCUCAACUGCGAGGGGGACAGGGUCGAGGCCAUGAAGCAUAGGGAGCAGGAGUCGUUCCAGAACCUGAACAAUCUCGCUGCACUUGUCCGUGGGGUACUUCCCAAGCUGACUCGAAACAUCCUCGGGGCGCUCAUCACCAUUGACGUACACGCCAGGGACAUUGUGACGGGCAUGGUGAACGCAAAGGUUGAUAGCGAAAACAACUUCGAGUGGAUUAAGCAGCUCCGCUACUACUGGGACCCAGACCUGGAUAACUGUGUUGUGCGCAUGUCCAACUCAAUGUACAUAUAUGGCUAUGAGUACUUAGGAGCCUCAGCUCGUCUCGUCAUCACGCCGCUGACUGAUCGUUGUUACCUGUGCCUGAUGGGUGCUCUUCAGCUGGAUUUGGGCGGAGCGCCGGCAGGACCCGCCGGAACUGGAAAAACAGAGACAACCAAGGACUUGGCGAAAGCAUUAGCGAAGCAGUGCGUGGUGUUCAACUGCUCUGAAGGGCUGGACUUCAAGAUGAUGGGACGGUUCUUCUCGGGUCUGGCCCAGUCAGGCGCCUGGUGCUGCUUCGACGAGUUCAAUCGUAUCGACAUUGAGGUGUUGUCUGUCAUAGCUCAACAGCUACUUACCAUCAGAAAUGCCAAGGUUGCCAAGGCUUCCCGCUUCAUGUUUGAGGGUCGUGAGAUCAAGCUUGUCCCAAGCUGUGCGGCCUUCAUCACCAUGAACCCUGGAUAUGCCGGCCGAACAGAGCUCCCUGACAAUCUGAAGGCGUUGUUCAGACCUAUGGCCAUGAUGGUUCCUAACUACGCUCUUAUCGCAGAAGUUAUUCUGUACUCUGAGGGCUUCGAGUCCUCCAAGAAUCUCGCACGCAAGAUGACCCAGAUGUACCGGCUUUGCAGCGAGCAGCUGUCGCAGCAAGAUCACUACGACUUCGGUAUGCGUGCCGUCAAGUCUGUGCUGGUUAUGGCAGGUGCUCUCAAGCGCAGUAACCCUGAUCUGGAAGAAGACGUGGUGCUCAUCCGGGCUCUACGGGACAGCAACUUGCCCAAGUUCUUAGCUGCUGAUGCUAUUCUUUUCAGGGCCAUCCUGACUGACUUGUUCCCUGGAAAAGAGAUUCCAGACCAUGACUACGGCAAGCUGCAGUCCACUAUCGAAGACUGUAUGGUCGCCAAGGGACUCCAGGCUAUUCCAGCCCUGGUAAAGAAAGUUAUCCAGCUUUAUGAGACAAUGAUUGUACGGCACGGUGUCAUGUUGGUUGGUCCCACUGGCAGCGGAAAGACCACCAAUUACAUGAUGUUGCAGGAUACAUUGACGAGUCUACACGAACAAGCAGAAGACAGCCCUUACUACCUUCCUGUUCAAACACAUAUCCUCAACCCUAAGUCCGUGACGAUGGGUGAGCUUUACGGCGAGGUAAACAAGCUCACCAUGGAGUGGAGGGACGGGCUUAUGGCGCUCAAAGUGCGACAGUGUGUCCAGGAAACAACUCCUGAUCACAAAUGGAUCGUCUGUGAUGGUCCCGUUGACGCGCUCUGGAUCGAGAACAUGAACACUGUGCUUGACGAUAACAAGAUGCUUUGUCUAGCGAACAGCGAGCGUAUCAAGCUAAACAACACUAUCCACAUGCUGUUCGAAGUGCAGGACCUGGCUGUCGCCUCCCCAGCCACGGUCAGUCGCUGCGGCAUGGUCUACAUGGAUCCCAAUGAGCUCGGCUGGAGGCCAUUCGUACGAUCGUGGAUGCAAAAGCAUGGCGAUAAGAUGAAGGAAGAGACCAGGGAGUACCUAUGGAACCUGUUUGAUCACUACGUGGAUGCUGGAUUAAAGUUCGCAAGCAAGAAAUGCACCCAGGCCAUGCAACAGGUGGACAUCAGCAAGGUGACGACGAUGUGCUGUCUGUUCGACAGCUUCUUUUUCCCAGCCAAGGGUGGACCGGACUUUAAUCUAGACCCGACCAAGCUCCAUCCCCUGAUCUGCACUGCCUUCCUGUUCGUAUUCCUGUGGUCCAUCGGAGGAAACCUGGUGGAAACUUGUAACGAGUCCUUUGACACCUUCACCCGGGAUCUCUUCGCCGACACUCACGAUGUCCGGAUUCCCGGUUCAGGUGACUUGUACAGCUACUACGUUGAUUUCGACACACGCCGCAUGGAGCCAUGGGAGAAGAUCAUCCCCGCCUUCAAGUACAGUUCCGAGGUGCCGUACUUCGACCUGCUGGUCCCCACCGUGGACACCGUACGCUUUGGGUUCCUGAUGGACAAGCUUCUGUCAGUGAACAAGUCUGUACUGUACACCGGCACAACGGGUGUUGGCAAGUCUGUGAUCGCCAAAGCCAUCCUGGAUGACAUCUCGCAAAAGUCCAACUAUAUGGCCAUUAUGAUGAACUUCUCUGCGCAGACAAGCAGUCAGCGAACCCAGGAGAUGAUCGAGACCAAGCUUGAGAAGAAACGCAAGAAUAUCCUAGGUGCGCCGGCUGGUAAGAGGAUGGUGAUUUUCGUGGACGAUCUCAACAUGCCAAAGCUGGACACGUACGGCUCCCAACCGCCCAUCGAGCUGCUCAGGCAGUAUCAGGAUUUCCGCGGAUUCUAUGACAGAGAGAAGUUGUUCUGGAAGGAAAUUCACGACAUGACCAUCUGCUCCGCGUGUGCGCCUCCUGGUGGUGGUAGGAACCCUGUAACGCCACGCUUCCUGCGUCACUUCAGCAUGUUCUGCAUUCCAUCUUCGGCCGAGCACACACUUGGACAUAUUUUCAAGUCUAUUGUGAGUGGCUUCUUGCUGGAUUUCCCGGCCGAAGUCCGGGAAUGCGCGGAUGCUAUCGUCGGUGCAAGUGUGGAGAUCUACGCGCGCAUGAGUACUGAUCUUCUACCGACGCCGGCCAAGUCGCACUACGUGUUCAACCUUCGUGAUUUGUCAAAGUGCAUUCAAGGCGUACUGCAAGCGGACCCUGGCGUGAUCCGUGACAAAGGACAGAUUUUCAGGCUGUUCUGCCACGAGGCGUCACGUGUCUUCCAAGAUCGACUCAUCAACAAAGAAGACAAGACCUUCUUCAACACCAUCAUGUCGGAGAUGGCACACAAGCACUUCCAACAGAACAUGGAGCCCGAGAAGUUCGAGACAAACCCUAUCCUGUUUGGCGACUUUAUGAAGAUGGGUGCGGAUCCCGCCGAUAAACUCUAUGAGGAGCUGACUGACUUGAAGAAAGUCAAGAAUCUCUUGACCGAUUACCUUGACGACUACAACAUGAACUCUUCCAAAGAAAUGAAGCUUGUUUUCUUCAUGGAUGCCAUCGAGCACAUCUCACGGAUAGCCCGUAUGGUUCGCCAGCCUAGGGGUAACGCAUUGCUAGUUGGUGUCGGUGGUACUGGCAAGCAAAGUCUUACAAGAUUGGCUUGCCACAUGUCGGCGUACAAGUGCUUCCAGAUUGAGCUGACGCGCGGUUAUGACUACUCCGCAUUCCGAGAGGACCUCAAGAAGCUGUACGACGUCGCGGGAGUCAAAGGCGAAAACACCGUCUUUCUUUUCACAGACACACAGAUUGUCGUAGAGGAAUUCCUCGAAGACAUCAAUAACAUUCUCAAUUCAGGCGAGGUCCCUAACUUGUUUGAGCCCGAGGAGUAUGAGGCUGUGCUUAACGGUACCCGUCCACUCGCUAAGGAAGCAGGAAUACCGGAAGGCGACAGGGAUGGAGUGUUUGACUACUUCAUCAGUCGUGUUCGUAACAACCUGCAUAUUGUGCUGUGUAUGAGCCCUGUUGGAGAUGCGUUCCGUACAAGAUGCCGUAUGUUCCCAUCACUUGUCAACUGCUGUACUAUUGACUGGUUCACCGAAUGGCCCAGGGAAGCGUUGCUGUCUGUAUCGUCGAACUUCUUUGAGGAAGUCGAUUUGGGCGCGGAAGGAGUGAAGGAUAAAGUGGCGGAGAUGUGCGUGGAGAUUCACACGAGUGUAAGUACAAUGGCCGACAGGUUCUACGCUGAAUUGCGCCGUCGCUACUACACCACGCCAACGAGUUACCUGGAGCUUAUUACUCUCUACCUCAGCAUGUUGGACGAGAAGAGAAAGCAGCUGAUUGGUGCUCGGGAUCGAGUCAAGAACGGCUUGAAGAAGUUGCUAGAAACUAACGACCUGGUGGACACGAUGCAGGUCGAGCUGGUUGCGCUAGAGCCGCAGCUCAAACAAAAAUCCCUGGAUGUCGAGAAACUAAUGGAGAAACUGCAGGUUGAUCAGGAAGAAGCUGACAAGGUACGAAAUGUUGUCCAAGCUGAAGAAGCUGUUGCGAAAGAGAAGGCGGAUGAAACUUCGGCCAUCGCCGCCGAAGCACAAAAAGAUUUGGAUGAAGCGCUCCCUGCAUUGGAAGCCGCACAAAAGGCGUUGGACUCCCUGGACAAGAGUGAUAUCUCCGAGUUACGUGUGUUCACUAAACCUCCUGAGCUUGUGAUGACGGUCAUGGAAUCCAUCUGUAUACUACUCGGAGUCAAACCAGACUGGCCAUCAGCGAAGACAAUGCUGGGAGAUGCUGGAUUCCUGAAAAAGCUGAUGGACUACGAUAAGGAUAAGAUACCUGAUUCUACUCUACGUAAGCUCAAGAAGUACAUCGACAACCCCAAGUUCGUCGUCGAGGUCGUUGAGAAAGUGUCUAAGGCAUGUCGCUCUAUGGUGAUGUGGGUCCGUGCCAUGGAUCUCUAUGCUAGAGUCUACAGAACCGUGGAACCCAAGCGAGCUAAGCUUGCCGCGGCACAAGCUGAACUCGAGGUGGUCAUGUCCACUCUGCGCGAGAAGCAAGCAAGCUUGGCAGAGGUCGAAAGCAAGAUCGCAGAGCUGCAAGCGGCGUACGACCACAGCAUCGCUGAGAAAGAAACUCUGACCAAGAACAUCGCGCAGACCGCCGCGCGGCUGAAGAGGGCGUCUAAACUCACCACUGCUCUCGGCGACGAGCAGGGUCGCUGGACAGAGAACGUAGCGGCGUUCGAGCUGGAGAUCGGGAAUGUUGUCGGCAACGUCUUCGUGGCAGCUGCAUGCGUGGCGUAUUUUGGCGCCUUCACGAGCCUCUACCGCCAUGAGUUGAUCAACUCGUGGAUUGAGCAGUGUAAGGAACUCGGUGUGCCCGUGUCAGAUGACUUCAGCCUUAUUUACGUGCUGGCAGACCCGUACGAGAUUCGACAGUGGAACUCGGAUGGCCUUCCUCGGGACUCGGUGUCUAUUGAAAAUGCCAUCUUGGUGACCAGGAGUAGACGUUGGCCGCUCAUGAUCGAUCCACAAGACCAGGCAAACCGGUGGAUACGUACCAAAGAGGCAAAGAAUGGGCUGAAGAUCAUCAAACUGACCGACAAUAACUUCUUGCGUACGUUGGAGAACUGUAUCCGUAUCGGGAUGCCUGUGUUGCUGGAGGAGGUUGGAGAGAGCCUGGACCCUGCCCUCGAACCUAUUCUUCUCAAGCAGACGUUCGUCCAGGGUGGCCGAUUACUGAUUCGUCUGGGAGACAGCGACAUUGACUAUGAUAAAAAUUUCCGGUUCUACAUGACCACCAAGCUAGCAAACCCUCACUAUCUGCCGGAAGUAUGCAUUAAAGUGACAAUUAUCAACUUCACCGUGACCAAGUCGGGUCUUGAAGAUCAGCUGCUUAGUGACGUUGUCCGGCUGGAAAGACCCGAUCUUGAAGAUCAGAGAAAUCAGCUGAUUGUACGAAUCAACUCGGACAAGAAUCAGCUCAAGGCGAUCGAAGACCGCAUCCUGAAGCUUCUGUUCCACUCGGAGGGUAACAUCCUAGAUGACGAGGUCCUUAUUAACACGUUAAACGAGUCCAAGGUGACAUCUGGCGUGAUUAGCACUCGACUUAAAGAAGCUGAGAGAACUGAGGAGAAGAUCACCAUCGCGCGUGAAAAGUACCGUCCCGUGGCGACCCGCGGGUCCGUCAUGUACUUCGUGGUGGCAAGCCUGGCAGAGGUGGAUCCUAUGUACCAGUACUCACUCAAGUACUUUAAGCAGUUGUUCAACGCGUGCAUUGAGAGUAGUGAAAAGACAGAUGACUUGGACAGAAGAUUGGAAAUUUUGCUCAACAACUGCACAGAGUCUGUCUACGUCAACGUUGCAAGGGGCUUGUUCGAGAAAGACAAACUUGUAUUCUCGUUCAUGCUGUGCGGGGAUAUCAUGAGGCAACAGGAAAUUAUCACAGACGAAGAAUGGAACUUCUUCCUCCGAGGCACGGGCGGUCUCGAUAAGGAGCGACCUGCCAAGCCAGAUGUUCCGUGGUUGACAGAUUUCAUGUGGAAUACGUGCUGUGAUCUUGAGGACGUUCUUCAUUCCUUCAAAGGCUUCAAAGAAGACUUUGUCAAAGCUCCAAUAACAAUAUCCAUGGGAAAUCUUCAGAUCUGCCCGAACGAAGCGAUUCUGGAGUACCAAGAGGAGAACAAGGAAGAGCAGAGUGAAGUUGGUGACGAUGAUCAGGCGGAGAAGCCGAGGAGCUGGCAGGACAGGCUCACUAGCUUCGAGAGACUAAUAUUUAUCAAGGCCUUCAAGGAAGAGAAAGUGGUCUUUGCAGCCGUGGACUUUGUGUGCGAAAACCUCGGCAAGACGUUCGUAGAGAGCCCAUCUAUUGACCUUCCCGUGCUGUUCGAGAAUGUCUCUAACAUGAUCCCACUGAUUUUCAUUCUCUCUACGGGCUCCGACCCCAUGAACGCCUUCCUUCGCUUUGCAAGGGAUAUGAACUACACCGAAAGAAUACAAGCUAUUUCACUGGGUCAAGGCCAGGGUCCAGUUGCGGAAAAACUAAUAGCGAAUGCAUCUAAGAACGGUGACUGGGUCUUCCUGCAGAAUUGCCAUCUUGCCGCAUCCUGGAUGUUAGCGAUGGAGACGACGAUCAAGGACUUGACGAAUAACGAGGCAGAAGUACACGAGGACUUCCGGUUAUUUCUUAGUUCCAUGCCGACCAAGGCAUUCCCUGUCACCGUGCUUCAGAACAGCGUCAAAGUAACGAAUGAGCCGCCCAAGGGUCUCAGGGCAAACACUAAGCGGGCGUUUGGCGAGCUCAUGGCCGACCCUUUCGAGAGUCACGUUCUCGGCGUGAGUUGGCGCAAAUUGGUGUUCGGCAUAUGUUUCUUCCAUGCCAUCAUUCAGGAGCGUAAGAAGUUUGGUCCCCUCGGGUGGAACAUCAAAUACGAGUUCAACGACUCGGACCGCAUGUGCGCACUGGAAAACCUCAAGAUGUUCCUUGUGGACGAGAACAUUCCCUGGGACGCACUCACCUUCAUUACAGGCCAGAUUACGUACGGUGGACGUGUGACGGAUGAAUGGGAUCAGCGCUGCCUUACCACAAUCCUCGGUCGCUUCUUUUCGCCCAAGAUCUUAGAAGACAACUACAAAUUCUCUGAAUCAGGAAUUUACUUCCCACCCGGUUUUGAGUCGCUUCAUGAUUACCGCGAGUACGUGGACAACCUACCUCUCACUGACGAACCUGAAGUGUUUGGCAUGCACGAGAACGCCAACAUAGCCUUCCAGAUGCAAGAGACCCACCAGCUGAUCUACACAGUGCUUGAGGUACAGCCACGACUCGCGAGCUCUGGCGGCGGUAAGACGAACGACGAGAUCGUGUACGAGCUGGCCGACAGCAUCCUUGGUAAACUGAUGGACGUACUGGACAUGGAGAAAGCCGAAAAGUCUUUGUUCGAGACGGAUGCAAAAGGCAGGUACAAUUCGCUGACCACCGUGCUAGGACAGGAAGUAGAUCGCUUUAAUAACCUGCUUAAGGUGAUCAAGAACUCGCUUACACAGCUGCAGAAAGCCAUCAAGGGUCUGGUAGUGAUGUCAUUAGAACUGGACAAGGUUUACACAAGUUUCCUAAACAACCAGGUUCCUGACAUGUGGGCAAACUCGUCUUACCCAUCACUUAAGCCUCUCGGCUCCUGGGUCAAGGAUCUCGUCCUGAGGACAAUGUUUGUUGAGCAAUGGAUUAUCCACGGGCCGCCCAAAUCUUUCUGGAUCUCUGGAUUUUUCUUCCCACAAGGUUUCCUGACUGGCACCCUACAAAACCACGCGCGCAAGUACAACCUUCCUAUCGACCAACUGACGUUCAGCUACAACGUGCUGCCCCAGUACCGUAACCAGGAGGAGGUUGCCGAGGAGACCGCUAAGCUUGAGUACGGACAGGCGCUCCCGCUUGACGAGGAGCUGGACUGCCCCGACGACGGCGUACUGGUACAUGGGCUAUACCUAGACGGAGCGCGCUGGGAUGAUGAUUCCAUGAUGCUCGGUGACGCGCGCUACGGAGAGAUGAACCCGCCAUUACCCAUCCUGCACAUGGAGCCGCAGAUGAACCUAGUGCCAGACCCCUCACAAUACAUGUCACCUCUGUACAAGACCUCUGCCCGUGCUGGCGUGCUCUCAACCACAGGUCAUUCCACGAACUUCGUCGUAUCCGUGUACCUCCCUACAGAUCUACCGCAGGCCUUCUGGAUAGAGAAAGGCACGGCGCUACUCUGUCAGCUCAACGAAUAGGCCGCCUUUUCCUGAUUCUAUAUUCUAAGCACAGUCUCUGUGACUUAUUAAUGCGAACCGUACAGUAUUGUGUUUGUACAUACUCGAAAUAGUAGAUAAUUGCCAAGUAACGCAAAAUAGACUCCAGAAUGUUCGGGUCCAUUUUCGAGCUGAUCUUGACAAUAAAAUUUUCAGUUCGCAUUUUUGUGUGAAUGUUUCCUCUUAUAUAUGCGUGUUGGAGAGGAAUUUGGGUUAUAUUAAUAACAUCUUGUACAUUUGGAUUUUUUCAAUAAAAUUGCUGUAAAAUCA